UAUAAAGUUUUUCCAAGGAAUUUUACAAAACUUUAACAUCGCUAUGGGAGAAGCAACCGAAUUCAAAGAAGAUCUAACGCUUAUUCUGGAGAAAAUCAAAGAGAUCCGGUUCCUGCUACAUCAUGGAACCCACAGUCCGAAGACUGACGAGCAGAACCCACGCCUAGCCGAAUUGCGUGAUAAAUUAUCACUCUGCAAAGCAGUUGGAUUGGAUUUGGACCAGACCAAGGAGCAGAUACUAUUUGGCAUCCUAUCGUACGAGAGUAGUAGUUACACAACGAGAGUUCUGGGCCAAGAUUCCUGCACAGACAUAUUACCGACUUGUGGGUUAUCAUCCGUGCUAAGUUAGGGACGUGGUGCCCCCUAGGUUAGCGACUAUGGUAACUUAGGGUGAUUGGGCGCCGUAUGAAAGAUUUCUGCUUACCGACAACACCGACAUUUUUUCUUUGAUGAAGGUGCUGCGGGCGCGCAGUAGUCGAUGGCGCCAACCCCUUCAUCGGCUGAACGUCAUCGGAAGGGGGCCGUAGUUUUACGUCAGGUGUCAGGGAUUUUACGGCAGAUUUCAGAAAUAUUAUGGCAGAUUUUAGGAAUUUUACAUCAGACGUAAUUGAGUACAUUGACCUUUUGUACGUUACCGAAUUUUGCACUUGCGAUCCAGAAGCAGCUCCUACCCUUUACACUUUCCCGCACAGUAGCAUGUACAGUCGGUGGAGAUCAAGAAUGACCCUUCGUAUGUCACCGAAGAAUUCGAUUUAACGAUUUAACAUUUUCCAUCGCACAAUUGAAAUGCGGAGCA